AUGGAAAACCCACCACUCCCAUCAGAGAUCCUAUAUCAGAUUUUCGAGUAUUUCUGUCAUCAUUGUCAGGAGAAGCAUCCCGCUUCCCACGAGCACCUACCGAUCUUCGAUAAUGAGACGAACGAGAACCGUCGGGCUCUCCUCAGUCUCAGUAGGACAUGCAAGAGCUGGGGUUGUAUUGCGCAAAAUGUCCUUCAUCACUACUUCAUCUUCUCAGAUGUUCGACGCCAGAUUUUGCUCUGCAGGACGAUUUGCGAGAAUCCAGAACUUGGCGAGAGGCUACAAUUUGCCAGCCUCGAACGAUUAGCACUCAUGGUCGACCCAGCGAUGGCCCAGCCUUGGUUUAGCAGAUCCAUAGCUAGGUUUUUGCACUUGUUUAAGAAAGAUUCGCUAGAUUGGCAAGGAUGUACUGUCGCAUGGGGUGAUUGUAUCGCACCGCUUAUUCUACUUCAAGCACCCAACCUGAAACAUCUCGUCGUUCACGGCCGUUACAAUCUAUACCUUUUCGAUGAAUUCGAUAUGGAGGCCACCAUGCGCUAUCGAGCCCUGCCUCAGAAUCUCGAGUCUCUUUCGGUAGGGCAUCAGGAAAUAUCCUGUCUCUGGGAUGGGUACCCACCUGUUCGAACAGGUCUGGAUGCUUUAGGGGGACUUCUCAUUAGAUUGGAAAACCUUGAGACGCUUUCCCUAUCGCGGCCUGACUUGAAGUCACUCCCGGAGAAACUGCCACUUCAAAGGCUGCGCAGGCUUCGAAUUGGUAAUGCGUGCCUGUCCAAGAACAGGCUACAAUCCCUCAUCAACAGCACAGGACACCUGGAGGAGUUUGUUUACAGAGAGAUCGACCACGCAGUCCAUACAACAAGAGCCAUCCUUGUCAAAUCUCAGGAGGUCUUUGAGAUGCUGGUUCCCAUGAAGGCUACACUCAAGAGAGUUGUUCUGAGGAUGUACAGGUCAGAACGGCUUCCUACUGCCGGCGCUCAGCUAGUCAACCUACAACAGUUGCGAAUCAACCCAGGAGUAUUGUGCGAUAUUCCCACCCUGAAACUUAAUCGCCAGGACCUUGCUAAGCAUGACCUGCUCAAUGUGUUCCCGCCGAACUUACAGACGUUGUGUCUGGAUCAUAGUCACGCGGAUGCCGCUCGAUAUGGAGAGGCUUUGGGGUGUUACAUAUCGUCUACCUACAAAGAAGAUCCCCAGGAGCAAAAGUUAAGAGAGGUGACUCUUCAUAUUGUAGACACAGCCUUUCCACAUCCCAUGGGGGCGAUAAUACAUGUUUCGCCGCACAUGUUGAGUCAUGUGAAUGCAAGGGAAGUGGAGUUUCUCCGCAACAAAUGUAGUUCAUCGUGGUUAGAGAACGGGUGUGUGACCGUCACAACAGAACCGAUCUUAUGGUAUAGCUGCAAUAAAGUCGGAAACAACAAAAUGUUGCCGGCUUACCCUAUCUAG